AGAUUAAUUCGACAGACAAUGAAGAAGGUUUAUAGAAGUUUGCCGUCUCUUUUUAGGAGGUCACAACCCAAGCUGAACAUAGAUGAAGAGAAAGAAGUUCUGUUUGUUGGAACCGAGCAGGAAGAUGGUGAGAAGGAUAUAGAAACACGUCUGAAAGGGCAAAGUCUCGCUAAGCAGCUCUUCGAGGAGAAGGAGUCCCGACGUCCGGAGGUCCUCCGAGAGCUGAGCGAGAAUCUGGAAUUAGCCGAGGAGAUGUUGAAAGUGUACGUGACGCACUUUAAUUUCGAGUCUCUCUCCAUGAGCAGCGCUCUUCACGCGUUCCUCGAGGUGCUAUGGCCAGAGGAUGAACUUGAGCUCCAGCAUCUGUUCAUAGCUCACUUCUCCGAACAGUUCCUCAAGGCUAAUAAAAUGUCACCCGACUUCCAGACUCCAGCGUACUACCUGAGCUGGGCCAUAAUCAUACUGAAUGCUGAUCUUCAUGGCGGGAACAAAGGGAGGAAAAUGACUUGUAAAGAAUUCAUAGGCAACUUGAUUGACGUGAGUCGAACAUGCCGCUGUCAGUAUCCUCGGAAGGACUUGGAGUUUAUCUAUAGAAAGAUCAAAGCGGUGCCACUAAACGCGUUCGCAGUAAGGACUCGAAGCCAAAACGAAGCUGAGUGUGAUUCCACAUUAAAGGCUGAAGAUGACACUACCAGGAGGGUCCACAAAAGAGGAGAUCUCAUCUGCAAAAAAGUCAUGGAUAAGAAUGGCAUAAAAACCAGAACACCCCAAAGAGCAUGGAAACCUUACACGGCAGUUCUGAAAGGCAUGGUGCUGCAUUUAGAAAACGAUUUGUAUGAGCCGGACAGCAAGAUCAUCAUCGGGCUCCAUCAUGCCGUGGCAUACCCUCUGAAUUACAAAAAGAGGCCCCAUGUGCUGUGCCUCAGGACCGCAGACUCCAGCGUAUUUUACCUCCAGACUGGGAGUGAAGCAGAGCAGGCUUCGUGGGUCACGACUAUAAACCGCAUCGCCGCUCGUUACUCUGCUCCACACCUCUAUGCUGUUUCGCAGGAUACGAAGCAGCAUCACCCUUGGGUUCUACCUUCGUUCCCCACCAAAUUGUCUCUACAGCAGCAGCUGGAGUACUACAAGCACUGGUUACAGAAGGUUUUAGAACUUAUGGAUUUCAGUUGUACACUGUCUGGAAAGAAUGAUAUUAUAUGGGACCGUAUGGUGCAAGAGCUGACGCGCUACCAAACAUAUGUUAGCACGUUACAGGAGCUUGUUGCAGCAGAUGAUCAUCAUGAGGAUGAUGAUGCUGGAGAAGGCUGUAGCUACUCAAAUUUGCCUCAGUGACUUCCACGAUCUAAAAUAUCAAAAUGUCUUUUUAUGCUUCAUUGAUUCUAAUGAAGCAUUCAACAAAAUGUUUUAAACACUCGCACAUGUAGAGGAGUUCCUUUUUAUUUGUCUUGGGCAUACUUAGGACGUUUGAGCCACCUACCUUUGGUAAGGUCUAGAGUAGAAGUUACUCUCGCUUGUCCAAAAAGCUUGAUUAGCUCAUCUGUUCUUGAAAAAUGGAAUAACUCGGGAAUGUUGCUAGAACAACAGAGGUU